AUGCAGCGCAGGAGGGACGGGCAGCGCCUGCUGCGGGAGCUCCUCACCCUGCAGGCAGCCGUGCAACAGAGGGGACACGAGGCUGUGGAGCUGCAGGGGUGGAAAGUGUCCGUGCCAGAGAAGAUCGUGGAGCUGAUGGAGGAUGUCUCCAGGGAGGAAGAUCUAGCAAAUGCCACCCCAGACAUCAUAGCUGCCAUCUGGUGCCUCAGCGACUGGGAGACGUGCCUGGACCCCUUCCUGCAGUCGCGCCUCCUCCGAGCUGCAGCUUGCAAAACUUUUGGGGCCGUAGAGCACAACAACAUCAGCAACCUGAGGAUGCACAUGGGCAACCUGGAGGGCCUGCUGUGGUGCCUGCUGUCCAGCGCCCCCAGUCUGGACAGGCUGAAUUUCUUGUGGGAGGUGAGCAGGAUGCAGAGGGGUUGGGCUCAGGGACGGCCGGCCUCCAUCCCCGUGAUCUGCACGAGCCUCUCGCAACACCAGCUGUGGACGGUGCACGGGAGGUCCUGUCCACCCUCCAGUGGGGACCUGGGCCCUUCCUUGGCUCUCCCGAGGGCUGUUUGGCACCUGCGUCCUGCCCUGGCAGUGGUGGAACAGCGCCAGUGCCCCCUCCACCUGCACUGCCUGUGGCAACUGAUAGCAGGUCCGAGGUCUCAGGCGUGA